UGUUUCCCUGGUGACGGUUGCCAGGGCAGCGCGUGCCGGCGUCCGGAGGAGGUGACCUAGCCGCGGCGGUCCUAGAAGGGAGAAGUGGAGAGAGACCGCUGGCAGGAUGGCAGCAGAUGAAAGCUCACAGAACACUUUGCGGCUCCAGUUCAAGGCAAUGCAGGAGAUGCAGCACAAACGGUUACAGAAGCAGAUGGAGAAAAAGAGGGAAAAAGAACUGAGCCUCAAAAGCAGAGCUGACGACCAAGAGGAGCCCUUGGAGGUUUCAGAUGGCCUCAGCCUUCUCCACGCAGGGGAGCCAAACUCGAAAAAUAGCUUUGAGAAGAGGGUGCUUGAAGAUGAGAUUGAACACCUUCGAAAUGAGCUCAGGGAAACAGUGGACGAGAACGGGCGAUUGUAUAAGCUGCUGAAGGAAAGGGACUUUGAAAUCAAACACCUCAAAAAGAAAAUAGAAGAGGAUACAUUUGCCUUCACAGGGACAGCCGGUGUAGCCGGAGACGUGGUCGCCACCAAAAUUGUGGAGCUAUCAAAAAAGAACCGGCUGUUGAUGGCAGAAUCAGAGGGUGCAAAAACCAGGGUGAAGCAGCUGACCAAUCGCAUCCAGGAGCUGGAGCGGGAACUGCAGACAGCCCUGACCAGGCUGUCAGCCAAGGGGGCCACCGACGCAGGAGCCAAGCCACCGAGGGCCCAGAUGGGAGACAAAGCAUUGCUGGAGACCCCAGAGGUGAAGGCCCUGCAGGACAGGCUGGCGGCCACCAACUUGAAGAUGAGUGACCUCCGCAACCAGAUCCAGUCUGUGAAGCAGGAGCUGCGGAUGGCACAGAAGGUUUUGGCCAGCGAGGUUGGGGAAGACGUCAAUGUCCAGCAGCUCCUAUCCUCUCCAGGGACCUGGAGGGGUCGGGCUCAACAAAUUCUUGUUUUGCAGAGCAAGGUUCGAGAGCUUGAGAAGCAAUUGGGCCAGGCCCAGAGCCAGUCUGCGGGAACAGCCAGUGAUGAGCUGUCUGUCUAUCCAGACCCAAGGAAGCUGUCGGCACAGGAGAAAAACCUGCUGAGGAUCCGCAGCCUGGAAAGGGAAAAACAGGAAGGCUUGGAGAAACUUGCCAGUGAGCGGGAUGCCCUCCAGAGAGAGCUUGAGGAGCUAAAAAAGAAGUUCGAGGGCAUGAGGUCUCGGAACAAGCUGCUGUCGAGUGAGAUGAAGACCCUCAAGAGUCAGAUGGGGACCCUGUUGGAGAAGGGCCGACAUGAUGACGAGCUCAUCGACGCCCUCAUGGACCAGCUGAAGCAGCUACAGGAGAUCCUAGGCAGCCUGAGUCUGCAGGAGGAGAAGACGCGAGUGUCCCAGCACCACCUGGACCAGCAACUGAACAGCGAGGCUCAGCGGAACAACAGCCUAGUCGCCCAGCUGCAGGCCAUGGUGGCUGAGCGGGAGGCCAAAGUGCGGCAGCUGGAGAUGGAGAUCGGACAACUCAAUGUGCACUAUCUUCGGAAUAAAGGAAUGGGUGAGGGGUCCAGUGGUCGCGAGGUCAGCCCUGCCUAUACCCAGUUCCUGGAGGACCCAGGCCUGACCAAGUCCCCGGCCUCAGCAGGCGAUCAUGUUGGCAGGCUUGGAUCUUCUCGCCCUGUGACCAGCCUGGGCCACACACUGGUGGAAUCUGCUCUCACGAGGCCUUCCCUGCCCAGUCCCCACAGGACCUCACCUAGGUUCUCGGACUCCCCAGAACAAAAAGGCUGGCAGGCACAAGUGACAGAGAUCAAGGCCCUCUGGCAGGCUGCUGAGGUGGAGCGUGACCGGCUCACCGAGUUUGUCACUGUUCUGCAGAAACGGGUGGAGGAGAGGAACAGCAAGCUCCUGGAGUCGGAGAGGAAGCUGCAGGAGGAGCGACACCGCACCGUGGUGCUGGAGCAACAUCUGGAGAAGAUACGCCUGGAGCCAGGGAAGGCAUCAGCCUCCCAGAGAGCAGCUCCCAGGACCAAAACAGGUCUGCCCACCUCUAACAACAGGCACAACCCAACUGGGAGUGAGAAGAAGGACCCAUCCUUUGCCCAGCUCUCCGACGUGCCCGUGGAAUCCCAAAUGGAAGAGCUGACAACCAGGCUGGCCAUCCAGGUGGAGGAGAAUGAAAUGCUAAAGGCUGCCCUGGGCAGUGCCCUGCGGGGAAAGGAGGAGGACUUCCGGAUGUACCACGAGAUCCUGGGCCAGGUGAAAAGUGUCUUCCUGCAGGCCCUGCGGCAGCAGAAGACAGACAAGCAAUAGGAUGACAGCCCAGUGUAGGCCUGGCCGAGUGGGCAGCCUCAGGUCUUGAGAGGAUAAGACUCUGUCUGAGGACCCCAUCUGCUCCGGGAAGCCAGCCCAGGGCAGCCAGCUCAACCACUUCUACCAGAAGAGGCUCCUUAAGGAUGACCAAAACCAAUGUCUCAGGCCAGGGAGGCAGAAGAGAAGCCCUGGUGGGACACUGCAGGGGACCCUGGGCCGGCUGGGUUACAGCAGCGGGGAGGCCCAGUGGCCCACUGGCAGAGGCGAGAGCUCUGGGAUGGCAAGGCGGCUGUGAAUGGACAGAUGCAGUCCCUCGGGCAGGUGUUCAUCGCCCUCCUCCUAGGUACUAGCCCUGGAUGUCCCCAUGGCUUCACACACAGAAGAGCCCUUGGUUACCCUAACUGGGCAUAUCCCCCAUGCCACUCAGCCCCGCCCUAUCCCCUCACCCCCAUCCCGGCUCCAUCUGUAGCCAUCCACACCCUACACAGACUUGGGGCACUAUACUCUCAACCAGUUUGUCAGCCCACUCCUCAGGACACUUCCUCAGGUGCAGACCCUUGGACUUGUAAUAAUAAUAAGUAUUUUCGUAAUCA